CUGCCUCAAUCAUGUUUGGACAUUGCUAUUGGUUGCUUCUUUUGUACGUUGGAAUGCUUGGAUGAGUUGAGUGGGCUUGGAGAGGGUGGUUGUGCCUGCCUCAAAUCAAUGCAUAAGCACUGCCUUGACAUAUUAAGACGUAUGAAGGAAGGUCUCCUACGCCAGUAAGUUAUCUUGAAUGAACUGCGAUUCAAGAAAGAUAAACAUGAAGACCCUCGCUAUUUGUGGCAUUGUAGUCGUGUUUUGUGUCAUCCAGGUUACAGCUCAGGAAGGGGCACUGGGGCUCAGAGAGGCCGAUGAAUUGGACGAGCGUUCUAGCUCUUGUAGGAUUCUCAUGCGAGACUCAAAUAACUGUAACAAUCACGGGUACUGCAAGGAAGGUCGCAAUGGCUACUCAUGCAGCUGCUACACAGGCUGGGGAGGACGUGACUGUGUGGAUGCUUUAAAAGUCCAGCGUGAGCUAGAAGAGGCUGAUGAAUUGGAAGAGCGUUCUAGCUCUUGUAGGAUGCUCAUGCGAGACUCCAAUAACUGUAACAAUCACGGGUACUGCAAGGAAGGUCGCAAUGGCUACUCAUGCAGCUGCUACACAGGCUGGGGAGGACGUGACUGUGUCGAUGCUUUAAAAGUCCAGCGUGAGCUAGAAGAGGCUGAUGAAUUGGAAGAGCGUUCUAGCUCUUGUAGGAUGCUCAUGCGAGACUCCAAUAACUGUAACAAUCACGGGUACUGCAAGGAAGGUCGCAAUGGCUACUCAUGCAGUUGCUACACAGGCUGGGGAGGACGUGACUGUGUCGAUGCUUUAAAAGUCCAGCGUGAGCUAGAAGAGGCUGAUGAAUUGGAAGAGCGUUCUAGCUCUUGUAGGAUGCUCAUGCGAGACUCAAAUAACUGUAACAAUCACGGGUACUGCAAGGAAGGUCGCAAUGGCUACUCAUGCAGCUGCUACACAGGCUGGGGAGGACGUGACUGUGUGGAUGCUUUAAAAGUCCAGCGUGAGCUAGAAGAGGCUGAUGAAUUGGAAGAGCGUUCUAGCUCUUGUAGGAUGCUCAUGCGAGACUCCAAUAACUGUAACAAUCACGGGUACUGCAAGGAAGGUCGCAAUGGCUACUCAUGCAGUUGCUACACAGGCUGGGGAGGACGUGACUGUGUGGAUGACUUGAAAACUAGGUCUGCUGCCGAAGGCGAACGAGAGGUAGAUGCUGAUGACAAAGAGCCGCUGUCAAAGAGAGCUGAAGUGUUGGAGUUGCUACGAAGACUUCUUGAAUAAGUUAACGAAUGUACUUCAGGGAAAAAAAUCUUUCAUUGUUGUAUCUGAACUCCUUCUUCAGUGAUAGUGACUAAUAUUGCGGGCUUAGCUCACUGGAAAAAAUCAGGACAUCCAAGUAAAACAAAAUUCUCUUUUAAGCAUUGUAGGCCCUACUAGCCAAUGGCGGACAUUUGAGUCGAUAUAGCAGGCGUCCCACUCACUGAUGUUGUUUGCCAUUUAGCAUGGAAUUCAACUUUGGUUAUCAUGAAAAGUUUGGAAAGAAAACCUACUUUGAAAAUUGGGGAAAAAUUAUUUCAUCACUAGGGAUGCUUAGUUGCCGGUUUUUUUUCCUCCCUAUUAUGUUUAAAGCCAGCAUUAUACACUUUCGGUACAGAAAAAAGUUCACAGAUUUACAAAUAAUUUACAGGGUUUACAGAAGGUAAUAG